AUGGAAAAUCUACAUGCGCCUACAGUUCCGUCAGGUCCUACCUCUGGUCCAGCAGCCACAAAUGGAAUGCAAACGGAUGGCCUCACAUUUUCUCAACUGCAGGCCAAGAAAGACAAUAUAGAGGCUGAAAUUAAAGCUUUGAGUGGUGUCCUCGAUUCGGCAGCAUGGUGUGGAUAUGACUACGCGGCUUCUGACACCCGAUGGUUUCCCUCGAGCAGAUCUAGAUGUUGCACAAAGACUACCAGAUCACGAAUAAUUCAUCUCAAAAAUGACUACAAAGCGCUUAUGAGCGUUAUCGAGAAGCAUAUUCAUGAACAUUUUGCGAGACUUGCCGAAGACCCAAAACCAGAGGAGCCCGUCGUCAGCGACGCCCAGGCUAGCGAGAUUAUAGCUUCUUUUGACGAGCCAGCACCCUUAGAUUUACCAUUCGCAAAAGUCAAUAGUAUUGCAGCCGGUAGCCCUGCUGAUGAUGCAGGUUUAAAAGCCGGGGAUAAAAUCAGAAAUUUUGGGUACGUCAAUCAUGCGAACCAUGAUGGCUUAAAGAGGGUUGCAGAAUGUGUACAAGGAAAUGAAGGCCGCGAGGUUACCGUGAAAGUCUCCCGGGAUUUAGGACGUCAAGAGUUACAAUUAACUUUGACGCCACGAAGAAACUGGGGAGGCAGAGGUCUUUUGGGUUGUCAUAUUCUGCCAUUGUAG